GUGGUUCCCCCCCCCCCCCCCCCCCUCUGUAUCCAUUUGAGUGAGAUGUGGGUUGUGGGUAAUUUCGGAGUGAUGGUGAAGGAUCGAUACUCUAGGGUUUGAGGAGUCCAAUCUCAGUUGCCGUUUGAAACUAGUUCUGAAAUCGGUCACUAAAGAUUCUUCUUAUGUUGCUCUAGGACCCAAUUUUAACGCUGAGGGCAGUACGCUUCGCGUCACUGCACGUUCAUUCGUGGGUUUGGAGGUUUUUGUUACGCUGGGAUUCAUUUCCUGUGCUGUGGUAGAGAUGAGGAUGUAGUGGUGGCUGUUUCCGAGGAUUUUCUCUUGGCAGAUUUCUGCUGAAACGUGCCACACGGUCUGCUAAUCAUGAAUAAGCAGUUGAAGCUCAAGGGCAAUCUUGAGUCAAGGGAUCAGGUCGAGGACAAGCUUAGAGCUAGCAAAGCCGCAAAAUUCACCUUCGAAUUCAUCACACCUGCUUCGGCGAAGCUGAGCUUGUUAUCUGUGAUUUAGUGUGGGGAGGAACUUGUAUUUAUUUUUGGCAUUGAUUCCAGGCGGUUUAUGGUUCAGGGCUAGUUUUAUAUAGCAGUCAUGGCAACGUCGUUAAAAGAUUAUUUGAAAAAGUAUCAGUCCGUUGGAGAAGAUGACAACAAACAACCUAAGAAGACAAAGAAGAAGCGGAAGGUAGCGCAGGUGAAGGUGCCGGUGGGGCUCGUUAUAGUUGACAACGAUGCAGCUUGGCAAAAGACCAUCGACGAGGACUCGGACGAGCCAGAGGUGGAAGGGAUAGACGCUCCGCAAGUGAUCGAAGACGUCGAAGUGAAGCGCAUGCAUCAAAUGGAGAGGAUAAAGCAGCACCGACCAUACAUGUCGAUUGGGGAUGAUGGGAGUGGUUGGAGUACAGUAGAAAGAAAGCCUAAGAAUGUCGAACUUAAAGGACAGAGAGAUGAUACAUUGCGGCUAGGCUCUCCCGACAUAUCCCCUCCCAGGAGGAACCCCUCAUCCCAGUCACAGGACAUCUCUCCUCCAAGGAGAAGGAAUUCACGUCCAGGCUCUCCUGAUGCUUCACCCCCCAGGAAGCAAUCCCAGGUGGAGUCGGAAGACAUCUCUCCUCCAAGGAGAAGGAAUAUGCGUGCAGAGUCUCCUGAUGCUUCACCUCCCAGGAAGCGAUCCCAGGUGGAGUCGGAAGACAUCUCUCCUCCAAGGAGAAGGAAUGCGCGUGCAGGGUCUCCUGAUACUUCACCUCCCAGGAGGCGAUAUCAGGUAGAGUCGGAAGACAUCUCGCCUCCAAGGAGAAGGAAUGCGCGUCCAGGCUCUCCUGAUGCCUCACCUCCCAGGAAGCGGACCCAGGUGGAGUCGGAAGACAUCUCGCCUCCAAGGAGAAGGAAGGCACGUGCAGACUCACCUGAUGCCUCACCUCCAAGAAGACCCCCAGCAAAGUUACGGGAUAUAUCUCCUACUAGGAGGAAAAAGUCACGUGCUGAUUUCCAGGAUAGUCCUCUUCGGAGGACAUCUCGAUCACAAUCUGAAGAUAUAUCUCCUCCAAGAAAGAAGAAGCCACGAACUGAUUCAUCUCCUAGACGGAGGGUUGCUGAGCAAGUUCUCAGUCCUAAUGUAGGUCGCAAACCAGUAAAAAUGACUGAUGGCAGGCAAGCAGGGCUAAUUACAGAUAAAGCAGAGCGUGUUGCUGAACUUGCGAAGAAGAAGCAGGAAGAUGCCAGAAGAUUGAAGGAAAUGGGUGGCGGAGGUCGAGCCGCAGAAACAGUAUACCGUGACAAACGUGGUAAACGAUUGGAGGGUUUAGAGGAGUUGUUAAGACAGCAACAGGGUGAAGCCAAACCUGAAGUCAAACCUCUUGAGUGGGGGAAAGGGUUAGCACAGAAACGAGAAACUGAAGAGAGACAUGCUGAGUUUGAGGCUGAAAAAAACAAGCCAUUUGCACGAACUCGUGACGAUCCUGAGUAUGACAAAAUGUUCAAAGAGCGAUUACGAUGGGGUGAUCCUAUGGCACACCUUGUCAAAAGGAAGGAUCCUGCAGCUGAGUUGGUGGAUUUUGGAGCAUCAGAUGAAAUGAAAGAAUCAGGUUUUAUAAUUCCACAGGAUAUUCCUGCACAUAGUUGGCUGAAAAGAGGAGUUGGAGCUCCAAUGAAUCGGUAUGGAAUCAAACCAGGACGCCACUGGGAUGGUGUAGACCGAAGCACCGGAUUCGAAAAUCAGAUGUUCAAAGCCAAGGCUGAGAAACAAGCUACUGAGAUGGAGGCUUACCUUUGGUCUGUUGCAGAUAUGUAGGUGCAUUGUUUAAGCAUCCAAUGAUAAUUGUUAAGGAAUGAACUUUGUACGACCCGUCUCAUUAUGUGAUCUCACGGGAUAUGAAUUACCCCAGUACAUGGCAAUUAGCAAGUGCACUGAAGUCCGAUCAAGUAAGGCUCUUAUCUUGGAAACACAUAUUUCUGUUCUGUACUUACAUGUGCUUUCAUCGCUACUGGACGCAUCAAAGUUGUUCACUGACAUGGUUCUCUUGUCUUGUAAGUAGGUUGUAUAACUUAUCUUCUUCCUUCUGUUCAGUUUCAAUGGAGAUGCAGUGUCAUUCAUUUAUAUGCCACCCUUGAGUUGAGAUGAGGAUUUCACACAUUGGACCGAGGAGGGGUCCUGGUGAAGAUGUGACAUGUUUGAGCAUAUCUGCGACUAGGGCGCUUGCUUAUCAGUCUUGGUUAGGGGCGUUGCUAGGGAUCAAAGCACGAUGUGUGAUUCCGUCAGCUUUCAUGACUUGUGGCAUUAUAAAUUGCUUGGCUACUGCCAUUUUUUUUUGUAUAUAAGUUAGUAGACAGAUAAAAGCUUACAUUGCGCUCGUCUAGCCAUGUUUGCAAACGAAUAUCCUGCAGCUUCGUGGAGCAAGAAGAGAAAUUGGAAGCUUGUUCUUGUACCAUAUCAACCCCUGCCAUGCUCAUAUUCUCUGUACAUGCUGGACCUGCUAAGUGGGUGCUUACUUCUCUUCA